UUCUCUCUCUCUCUAUCUCUCUCGCUCGCUCGCUCUCUCUCUCUCCAGCUGGUAGGAAUAAGUGUCAGAUAGAUGGUGAGACGAAAUACAAGCGCUUUUAAAAUACGGUGCAAAAUGUGCGCGCCUCUGCGCUUCGCGUGACCUUUCGUGAGGACAAAGGGAGUCGAUGAGCCGCCGCUGCCGUUUUCAGGUCAGUAAUACCAGCGCGCGCCCGGUGCGCGGAGAGCGGCGAUGAAGCGCGGAUCGCUGUGAACGGUGAUGGCCGACAGUCAACGGACGGGAACAGAUAGAGACAGGGGCAGGAUGACAUCGGGAUACCCGCAACCGUACGCGAGCGGCAAAGCGUCAGACAUACAGGAGCUCGCGUCCAAACGCGUGGACAUCCAGAAAAAGCGCUUCUACCUGGACGUGAAGCAGAGCGCGCGCGGCCGAUUCCUAAAGAUCGCCGAGGUUUGGAUCGGCCGAGGCAGACACGACAACAUACGGAAAAGCAAACUCACCCUGUCCAUGUCGAUGGCGCCGGAUCUGCGCUACUGUCUGGGAGAUUUUAUCGAUUAUUACGCGCACGUCGGACUCCGGGGAUGCGCGGCGGCGCCGCCGCGGCCGGAUGAGCAGAGCAACGGGCGCAAGAGAGCGUCUGGUCACCCGGCGUCACCGAGCGGCUCCGCGGCGUCCGAAGAGCAGACCCACCGGGUCCUGAAGAGCGAGUUUAUCGAGAGAGACAACAGGAAGUACUAUCUGGACCUGAAGGAGAACCAGCGCGGCCGGUUCCUGCGCAUCCGGCAGACCGUCGCUAGAGGACACGGCACUAUGGGAUACUACGGUCAGGGCAUCGAGCAGACCAUCGUGCUGCCCGCGCAAGGGCUCAUCGAGUUCAGAGACGCGCUGUCUCAACUCAUCGACGACUACGGCGACGACGAGACCGACCGGGCCGCGCGGAACCACGACGAGUCACCCGAGCUGCCCGAGGCCGCGUCGUUCCGCGUCGACAACAAACGCUUUUACUUCGACGUGGGUUCGAACCGCUUCGGCGUCUUUCUAAAGAUCAGCGAGGUCCGGCAACCCUACCGGAACACCAUCACCGUGCCUCUGAAGGCCUGGUCUCGGUUCGGCGAGAACUUUAUGAGGUACGAGGAGGAGAUGCGACACAUCUUCAGCUGUCAUAAAGAGAAGAGGACAGACACGGACGAGCAGGAGGAUUGACACGUGACUUCAGUGCUUUAUAGUGCUAUUAACAGUGUACCUCUCUAACCUCUGCUAAUGAGUCUACAUCUUCAUCACCGUCAUCACUGCAGCUCAUUUCAUUGAAAACACACUGUUCAAUAUACAAGCCCUUCAUCUCUUUACUGGAUUACAGGUUGAGCACUUUGCAGUCAUGAACCUGCAGUGGGUCUAGUGUGUGUGCGUGUGUGUGCGGGCGCGCGUGUGUAGGAUUUGUUCUCUUUAAAUCGACUAGUUUGUUACAGUAUCAAAGUAAUGUAACAUGUACUGUUAUUAUGUAGAAUCAAAUCAUCAUCUAUUUCUAAAGAGAAUGAUAAAUAUAUGAUAAGAGUCCUUUCUCUGUCAAUAACAAGAGGGUUAAGAAAGCCAGUAGUUGUCAAAGAUGUCAGAGUAAAACAUUUUCUAGUAUUAAUUAAAUUCCACGUACAGUGCACGAUAAUGACUAAUGUUUAGCUUAAUGAAAUUUAUAGUUUUCUGAUACUUGAAGCCCCAAAUACCUUGCAGACGACUGCAGUUUUUUAAAAGCAGUGUGCAGCUAUAAAUGAUCAGAGCUUACAGCAUGACAUUUGACUUCACCUCACAUGAUCAAAGUACGCACAAAAACACGUUUUCCCCAUCUGAAUUUAGAAACCAAAAAGUGCAUUAAUUCACUCGAAAAAUGCAACAAACCCAACCUGGGUUGUAAUUUAUCCCAAAAUGCUGGGUUGUUGUUUUAACACAUUUUUGGGUUAAAUAUAAAUAUUUUUUCAGUUAAUUUCACCCAGCGGCUGGGUUUGACCCAAUGCUGGGUUGAAAAUAUCUACCCCAACAGGUUCAAGAGUGUAUAUAUAAAAUUAUAUGUUUUAAUUGGAUAUAAUUGGAGAUGGACACAUGUUUCCGCUUUUAAACAUGGCUUUAAAUAAUAAUAGCAUGUUUCUCAUCUCACUCCAGUGAUCGUCAUACAGUAUGUGCAAUAUUUAGCAAUAUUUUCCCAUUAUUUCCGGUGGCUUUAAAUGAGAAGUGUGCAAAAGCGACACAAACACAGCCAUUAUUGUAGUACUGUUUGCUUUUAGCAUGAACAGGCUGUAAAGUUAUGUUCAUCUGAAAAUGCAGCCUAAUGACAGUUUUUAGAUUUUGGUUUUAAUCUCUAUUUGUGUGAGAUUAAGAAAGCAUUAGAUUUACACAGAACUCCAAACUUGAAAUGCACUUAAUUCCACUCAAAACAAUACCCAUGUUGAAAAUUACAUUAUCAUAGGUAUAUAUUAUUAUACGUAAUAAUUAUUAAAAAUUGUAAAUGAUUAAUUGUCUACAAAUGACCCACAAACUGCCUCAUUCCCAGAUGUCCCCAGUUUUUUUAAAGCUAUAAUGAAGUUUAGAGAGGGUUACACUUUCUUGUGGGAAUAUUACUUUAUGGUAUGCAAGUAUAAAUUCUUGCACAGCAUACUUCAAUACACUAGUAUACAGCAAAUGUUAACUAGUUGCCUUUAGAAAGCCUUUCAUCUGGGGUUGUAGCAUAUUAGAGGCAUGUUGUUUCUCAUUGAAGCACAACUAAAAUGAUAUAUUUAUUUUAAUUUGAAGCCUUUAUCAAAGGGUUUCUCUUGUACUGUAGUGCUGUCUAUAGGCAUGUUCACAUGUGCAAUUAUUGUCCAGCUGACAAAAAAGCAAUCCGGCACUUCAUACUGAUUCCUAUAGAUUUCAGCUAUCAACAGCUACAUCUCUUAUCUGUUUGAAAGUGUGUUGCGUGUGUGCGUGAUAGCGUUUAUCUUUAAGCAGAAUCUAACAGAGAAUUAUGGGUAGGUUUUUAUGGGUCAGUUUAAGAUGCAGACUCCUCCCACAGGAAAGCACUUUAUUUCAACAGCACUUUCAGCUGCUACACCUGCUUCGAAAUUCAUCUCUGACCCAUAUGAUAGUAAUGACAAUCAUGCGCUCCAUACAUCUCUAGACGUCAGAAGUCUCUUCAUCUGUUCGCUCAUUGCACAGGUUUAGUUGUUUAGUGCAAUGCGGAGCAUCACAGAGACCAAGAGUUUUGUCUGCGUGACAAGACAGCAGAUUUUACAACAAGGGCUGCUACUGUACGAGAGACUGUCUGCGUUUUCUUUGAUCAACUGUAUAUUGUUGAAUGGUUCGAGCGAGUUGUUUUAUUUCUCAUUGCUUUUGAGCUUCUGUCCUGCAGAGGCCAUCGAAGCAAACAUUUGCCCUCGUUUAUCUACGAAACAGUGAACAUUUGCAACGAAUGAACCGUGUGCACUUUAAAUGUCCUAGUACAGGUUUAUUCCCUUAACAAAGACAAAACGGUGAACAUUUUGCUUGUUAUACAUGUAUGUGCAAUGCAUGACCAGAAGAGAGCAGUGUUCAUAUAAUGUUCUUGUUUUUUUAUGGCGGUAUAUACAUUUUAUUUUGUUGUUAAUGUACACAAUUACUCAUUCAGGCUAAAUUCUUUUAAACAAAUUAUUGGGAAUAUCUGUUAAACAUGCAGCUAUAUCUAGUUAGUUAUGCAUACCCAUGGGCCUUAAAUUCUUUACAUUUGGACUGUAAUGAUGAUGAGCUUAUGUUUUCAUUUAAGUUUAUUUGCUUUCAUUCCCGAAACAACCAUUUAUUUUACACAUGAUUGAAAAAAUGAUCAUCCAACAUGAGCUCACAAAUCAUGGAAUAAAAUUUUUCUAUUCGGGUUGCUGGUAAAAAGUGAGAUGGUAGAUACAUAAAGCUCUUUCUAUAUCUCGAUGUUGAUAGUCGUGUGGGUAAUGUGAUGUUGAAAAGAACAGAUUAUUCUGAACAUUUUUAUCUUUUGUGUUGAUGAGCUGCAGUUGGAGUUAAGAAGUGUCGGUGUUCGUUCAAUGAUUUCAAAAGAUGAAAAGUAAUGUUUUGGUGUAUUUUUCGAUAAUGUAUUUAACAUUAGUGUGUCCUCCUGUAGACCCUUGGAAAAUAAUAAUACUACAACUCAAAAACAAGAAGAAACGGUUGUGUCUAGUAGCACUUUCUUUAAUGUGAGUACUGUAUUAGUUUCUGUUUAACAUGUAUGGUACAGUAUGAUUAUUCCUUCUUUGCCUUGUAAUGCUUUUUAAAGGUUGAAUCAUGUAGGAUACGUAUCUGAAGAAAUAUGACGUUUUAAAUAUGAAGUUUGUGCAUGCCGACAGUUGGGUCCUAACAAACUUUAUAAUCCAUAUUAAGAAAAUGGUGCUAUAUAAGAAAACUUCAAACGGUGCUGAACAGGACCCCAGCUGCAUGCAUGUUGAAUGAUAAUGGAAACACGAAACAGUGUAGUGAACUCGAGGCUAGACGCUGUUGAUCUCAAGAUGAACAGUGAGAUGUCCUUUGUGAACUCGGCCUGUUUUGCGUAACUGUAAAUCAUGCAUAUAAUGUCAGGCACUGGUUUGUGUUGUCAUAGGCUGAGCUUCAGACACGUUCGGAUGGAGGUCUGUGUUUAUAGUAGUAUGGUCUGUUUACUGAUGUCAAGGUGUGGUUCUCGGACAUGUAUGCAGGAGCAGCCAAACUACUCAGACUUUACAGUAAAAUAGUCAGUACUGUACAUCAUAACUGUGAGUGUGAGCUGUAGACAUGUCUGUAUGGUGGAUAUCUUCACCAAAGUUCAUGAUCAAAUGUGCAAUGCUUAUUUACAGUUACCCAAUAUUUGUGUGUAAACGUUCCACAGACAAUCUAAUAAAGUACAACUUUUUUA